AUGAUAUCACUUUUACCUGGCUCGUCGUCGUCGUUUACGUCGUUAUCAUCAUCCAAUAACGCGAAGAAUGCACUCUUCAAACGACGACAACAACAACAACAACAACAACAACAACAAAGAAAUGGAAGAACGAUCAGAGCGGUUUCUUUCCUGCGCAGUCACUAUUUUUUUACAACCAACACCAACGAGAAUGCGAGCAACAACAACACGAAUAACAACAACGAUAACAACAACAGAAGAAGAAGAAAAAGAAGAGACGCUUUAUUAAAAGUCGUCCGAGCGACGAAGGAGGAUAAGAAAUCCUCCACGGCGAAAGAGGUGGACGAGAUUACCAAGAAGUGGGGGUUAGAAGCCGGGUUGUGGAAGAUUUUCAAGUCGAGCGAAAAGAACAAUAGCAGUACGAACAACAACAACAACAACAACAAAACGGGAGGAGAAGGAGAAGGAGCGCAACAAUUGAGCGGAUCGCGAAUGGAUAUGGCGAAGCAGUUGUUGAAAACCUACGGAUCUGCGUAUUUAAUCACCUCCAUCUCACUCUCUUUGGUUUCAUUUGGCGUGUUUUACGUGUUGGUGAGUUCCGGCGUGGACGUGGCGGCGUUGUUGUCCGUCAUCGGCAUCACGGCGACGCAAAAUUCAGAGAAAGUUGGUACGGUAGCGAUUGCGUACGCGGCGCACAAAGCGGCGAGUCCUAUUCGUUUCCCACCGACGGUGGCGUUGACCCCAAUCGUCGCCGGGUGGAUGGGGAAGACUGGAAAUAAAGGCGAAGAAGAAGAAGAGGAUGGAGAAGGCGGCGAAGAAAAGUGA